CCUAUAUUUUCGUGUUUUCUUCUCUCUAAUUUUCUGAGACACAAAAUUAAGCACUCCAUAUUUAAUUUCAUCAAAGCCCUUAUUGAGAAUCCCAAUUUGGUGCACUUUUUCAUCAUGGCCAAGUCGAAUUCUGGUGAAAAGAAUGGAGUGAAGAAAGGUCCAUGGACUCCAGAGGAAGAUCAGAAACUCGUCGAUUACAUUCAGAAACAUGGGCAUGGGAAAUGGAGAACCCUUCCCAAGAAUGCAGGACUUAAAAGAUGUGGAAAGAGUUGCCGGCUUCGCUGGGCUAACUAUUUGAGGCCAGAUAUAAAGAGGGGGAAAUUCUCUUUAGAAGAAGAAGAAGCCAUCAUCCAAUUACACAGUGUAUUGGGUAACAAAUGGUCUACAAUUGCUGCCAACUUGCAGGGAAGAACAGACAAUGAGAUCAAGAAUUAUUGGAACACCCACAUCAAAAAAAAGCUUUUGAAGAUGGGGCUUGAUCCAGUGACUCACACUCCACGCCUUGAUGUCCUACAAUUAGCUUCCAUUCUAAACUCAUCUUUAUACAAUAAUUCAGCCCAGUUUAACAACCCUGGUCUUUUUGGAAUGGAAAGGGUAGUGAAUCCAAGCCAGCUUCAGCUACUAAAUUUAGUCACCACUCUUCUAUCAUGUCAAAAUACAAACCAAGAUGUUUGGAAUACUAAUAAUUACCAGCAAAAUCAACUUGGUGGGAGCACACAAUGGCAACAUCAAACACAAUGCUCCCAACCAAUGCAGCUUGAUAAUUCUAUCCAUGCCUUCCAACCAAACCAGGUCAAUGAAGAAAACCAUUGUACUACAUCUAAUCCAUUGCAUAUAUUGGAACCACCCCAGCUCAUGAAAACCAACUUAGAGCAUCAAAUAUCUCCAAUUGCUAGUCCUUUUAACCAUCAAAACUCAAUGCAAAAUUUGUUGCAGUACAAUGGAGGUUUCACAUCGAAUCGAAAACGGCCUGAACCAUCAUCAGCUACACAAUCUUUCUCUUCGCUUUUAUGUAAUAGCGAGGGAAUGCCGAAUUUCAAUUUAAGCUCACUUUUAUCUUCCACGCCUUCAUCUUCUAGCCCUAGUACCUUGAAUUCAUCAUCUUCCACAACAUUUGUCAAAGGAACCAAUGAAGAUGAAAGAGACACUUACGGCAACAUGUUCAUGUAUAACAUUUCAAAUGGCUUGAAUGACUCUGGACUUUUGUGAUUGAACUUGGUUGCAAGUUGGGCCGGCUGUAAUAUGAGUUUGGUUAUUCAGUUUAGACUAUUCCGUUUGUAUUAACAUGCAUGAGUUUAUUAUUUAUCAACAAUACCUUUUUUUUUCCUUUUUCUAAACAUCUUUAUCAACAACACCUUAUUAGAGAGU